GGCUGCGCCCAUGAAGUGAUAUUUGCGGACUUUGAACUGUUGAGGGUCAAACAUGUCUAAAUAAAUAUUCAUAUCGUUCUACUUUAUGACACAACAAAGAUAAAUGUUCCAAGCAGCACGGAUGAGCGUCGAACGCUCAAUACGCCGACUUCAGAUUUUGUCAGGGACACUUAAAGGAAACUAUGGAAGACCCAGUUCUGAGUUUUUGUCCAUACGAAAUUGUUCAAGCAGCUCUGGAAAGGACAGUGUCAGCAUUGGUGAAGUUUCCAUUAACAUAAAAGAAGCUAAGAAUCCAGAACUAGUGCCUUCCAAGUAUCUUGAUAAAGAUUCACCACAAUCCAUACUGAGACAUCUACAAUGGAUUAUGCAGAAGGAUUCACUGGGACAGGAUAUCUUCCUUAUAGGUUCACCAGGACCAUUGAGACGUCAGGUGGCCAUGAUGUAUUUACAACUAACAAAUCGUGAAGGAGAAUACAUUGCCUUGUCAAGAGACACAACUGAGUCUGAUAUCAAGCAGAGGCGGGAGAUCCAUUCUGGAAAUGCUUUUUAUCUAGACCAGUGCGCUGUCAGAGCUGCAACGCAUGGGCGAAUAUUACUUUUGGAGGGAAUAGAAAAAGCUGAAAGAAAUGUACUACCUAUUUUGAACAAUUUGUUGGAAAAUCGUGAGAUGCAACUAGAUGAUGGACGAUUCCUUGUUGCAGCAGAUCGGUAUGAUAAACUUUUGGAAGAUCAUUCAAAAGAAGAGCUUGAUCAGCUUAAAUUAGUACGGGUAAAUGAAAGAUUUCGGGUAAUUGCUUUAGGUCAUCCUGUGCCUAAAUACAAGGGCAACCCUCUAGAUCCUCCUUUGCGUUCGCGAUUUCAGGCAAGAGACAUUCUUUCACCAACAUUUAAGGAAAUGAUGCAGACUCUGCAGGAUGAACUUCAUAAUAUACCAACACAUCAAUUGUCUCAAGUGCUAUCGUUUGCUACAGCAGUGUUGACAAAAGAAUCCAAUACACUAGGAUUACCAGAUUUUCCCAUUUCCAAUAUUUCGUCAAUAGCCAGGAUCUUAAACACUGCACCAGAUACAAACAUUUAUAACUUAAUACAGAGAUUGUAUCCUUAUGAAGUAAUGCUUGGAAAAGAAGGACAAACAGCAGUCAAACAACUUUUGACAAAAUUCGAAUUGUUAGGAAAAAAUGACUUAUCCAAAAAGACCGAAGAAAUUUCUCCUCCAGCUGCAUCUAAUGAUCAAGCAUCUGUGAUAUUAAACAAUAAGUCAAGAUUAAGUGUCACAGUAGGAACAAAACCUUUAAAUAAAACUGGCAAAGAAUCAUUCGUUCCUACACCUUAUCUUGAUAAUAUGUUGGCAGAAAUGAUUCAGUCUCAUAUGGUUGGCGAUUUUUGUAUUGUUGGUCCACGGGGAAGUGGUAAAAGUGCCAUUGUGGAACACUUUGCUGAGAUGUUAGGUUAUCAUGUAGAACCCAUUAUGCUAUACCAAGACAUGACGUCACGAGAUUUGCUUCAGCAACGCCACACUUUACCAAACGGAGACACCACUUGGAGAAUGUCUCCUUUAUUAACAGCAGCAUUAGAGGGGAGUUUAGCUGUUUUAGAUGGUGUACAUAGAAUUAACCAAGGAUCCUUUGGUGUUUUACACAGAUUGAUACAUGAUCGCGAGCUACAGUUAUUUGAUGGCACGCGACUACUUCGACAAGAUAGAUUUUUAGAAAUAAAAGAGAAAACUGGAGAAACGACAGAAGAACUCUGUGCAAAAGGAAUUCAUCCAAUACAUCCUUCAUUUAGAAUUAUUGCUUUAGCCGAACCACCAGUAACAGGAAGUGGAACACAGCAGUGGAUUACACCUGAAAUGCUCACUAUGUUUCUUUUCCACAAUCAAAGACGCCUCUCUAAACAGGAAGAAAUGCAGGUAAUUCAAUCAGUCGUUAAAGAUUGUCCAGACUUGACCAAAUUGUUUGCAUUUGUUCACCAGCUGCGAUCUUCCACGGAUCCAGCUAUGAAUUCAGUUGCUUCAUCUUUGUCAACACGUCAGCUGUUACGAAUUGCUAAGCGCUUAGCAGUUUUCCCUAGUAAAGAUUUCCACAAUGUUGUACAGAAAGCUUGCUUAGCUAGAUUUCUACCACGUCUUCCAAAAGUGAGUCUUGAUCAGGCUUUGGAAGCUGCUGACAUUAGAAAAGACAUGCAAAACUUAGAUACGGACUAUUCUGAUAAAGAUAUGACUUGUGAAGUAAAGAAGGGCAAGUUACGAAUAGGUAGAACAUCAAUUCCAUUGUACAAUCCAGAAAACAGAACAAAAGUACCUGACAUUUUAUUUUAUGAGAACCAUCAACAUUUAAUGGUUAUGGAAGAUAUGAUGAAGGAUUUCUUACUUGGGGAACAUUUACUGCUUGUUGGAAACCAAGGUGUAGGGAAAAAUAAGAUUGUAGAUAGAUUUUUGCAGUUGUUAAAUCGGCCGAGAGAAUACAUUCAGUUACACAGAGACACAACAGUUCAGACAUUGACACUUCAACCAACUGUAAAAGAUGGAAUAAUAAUAUUCGAGGAUUCUCCUUUAGUAAGAGCUGUAAAAGAAGGUCACGUACUUGUUGUAGACGAGGCAGACAAGGCACCGACGCAUGUGACUUGCAUUCUGAAAACACUUGUUGAAUCUGGCGAAAUGCACUUAGGAGAUGGUAGACGAAUUGUACCACAUGAUUCUGGUAUGAAACCAUCAGCAGAAUUGAUUAUGAGCCAUCCAGAUUUUCGAAUGAUAGUCUUAGCUAACCGUCCUGGAUUUCCAUUUUUAGGAAACGACUUUUUUGGAGCAUUAGGAGAUAUUUUUAGUUGUCACGCAAUCAAUAAUCCUGAUAUGGAAUCUGAAAUGGAAAUGCUGAAACAGUAUGGACCUGACGUUCCAGAGGGCACAUUACGAAAACUUGUUCAGGCCUUUGGUGAACUUCGUGAUUUGGCAGACCAGGGUUUAAUUGCAUAUCCUUAUUCUACCAGAGAAAUUGUCAACAUGGUAAAACAUUUACAGAUGUAUCCAAAUGAAGGAUUGACCGCAGUUGUUCGAAAUGUUUUUGAUUUUGAUUCCUACAAUAAUGAACUUAAAGAGACUAUUGUAAAAACAAUGCAGAAGCAUGGUAUACCAUUUGGAGCAACCGAGGCAGUGGUGAAUUUAGCAAGACUUAUGCCACUUCCAAAAUUUGAGCUGAAGGGGCAGCUUCAAAUAUCAAGUCAAGGAGAUCGCAAACACACAGCUUUGAUGACAUUGCCCAUGGAAACUACAAUUGUUAGCAUGAAAGGUCCGAUAGAAAUUGCGAUACAAAAAUUUAAAUUAGAAAAAGAGGAAUCAAGAGCAACAACGUUUUCAGAACAAGAAGCCUUCUGGAGUCUUCCGAUGAAUGAAACAACAGUUAUUAGCGAUAUUGCAGUUACAAAGGCGGAAAAUAGAUCACAAGGCAAAGGGUCCUCGGACAUCAUCCACAUAGCAACUGCUAAUCCGGUUGGCUUAUUUACGCUUAAUCCCAGAACAUCUGAAGCAGGUUUUAUUGAUAUGUAUGAUUUAUUUCCAGGCAUUUCGGGAUCAUAUCGUCCGAGGGUAAAAUUAGCUCCAUUAGCAGAGCCGCUUGACGAUAAUUUGUUAGUCCACGAGGAAGUCGCAAAUGUAUUGUUGUCCAUUAAUUAUGAAAGAGGCGAGGUUGUUAGAAUUUCAUCGAGUUCAUUGCCUGAAACUCAAAUUGAGAAACGGCGGUUUCCUUCAAAGCCUGUUCAAAAUCCAAAUCCAUACAAAAUGUUGCCGAGCACGCUACCAAAUUCUAAAGGCACUGUUAUAUUCUUCAAACAAGGUGGAGACGAAAUAAUUGCAUUUACCGGACCACACACUCAUUGUAUAUCGUUACCUGUGAAUAUUGAAGAUGUUCUCCAAGUCGGAGAUAACAAGUGGACUGUUACUGCAACUGAUAAUAAAAAAUAUUUAAUACAUUUAAAUGCAGACAACGACUUUAUUUUCAGUCAUAUUGACGAGCAGGAUAUCGAUUUGAAAUUAUUAGCAUCAGCACCCUUACCUCUAAGUGACGUACAGUUAUCAAAAUCUUUGGAUAAACCAAUAUCUGGUUCAAAUCGAGUAGUUGUUACACCUACCAGCUAUGCUACUAUUCUGUCUGGGUUUCCAGAUUCAUCUAGCAUUGAAGUUUUCUCAGUACCACGAACACCUUUAGCUAGUAAUAGUAUAACUGAAAAAAUUGACCCUAUGCUAGGUCUUCUUGGUAAAUCAACGUCAUCUUCACCUUCUUCAAAGUCAAGAGGUGCAAUACUUCAUUUGCCAAACUCUGGGCAAAUAGUAAGGUCAAUACCACCCUUCAAAUUACCGGAAAAUGUGUAUGAAAAAGAUCAGAAACCGAGAGACGCGAGUGGAUUCCUUGAAAUUACAGAUGUUGUGAACCGUACCUUGAGAUAUAUUCCUGUACCAGGAGCAACCCGUACAUCUCCAUAUACAUCGUGGUUAUACGACAUAUCCGAUUCCUCUGUGUUAAUGGCCCCAGCUAGCAACGACGGUCUGGUUACUGUUGAUACAGGAGGGUGUAUACGAAUGUGGGAAACUGCCCUGGUUAAUAUUGAACGGUCUCUCGAGGAAUGGAGACGAAUGAUUGGAUAUGGAGACGACAAACCUUUACAGGUUACCUACGACAAGGAAAGUGGUCGCAAAGCAGAUGGCCCAAAACAUGGAAAAACUGACCCAACUGGUGCUGCACAUCAUGGCGGUAAUACUUGGGCUGGUGGAACAGGAGGAAGUAAUACUGCUGGACUUGGAGGUAUUGGCGGUCCCUAUAGAUUAGAUGGCGGUCACAGCAAGGUGUAUCAAGUGCCUCAAUGGGAGAAAGACCAAGUUCCAGAGGAAGUCAAAAAGGCUGCUCGAGAAAUGGCACAGAAGGCAUUUAAAGAAAGACUGAAAGAAAUAAAUAUGAGUGAAUACGAUGCUGAAACUUACGAAAAAUUCUCUGGCAGUGUAAGAAGUCAAGUCCAGUCAUUACGGGUAGUUUUGGACAGUUUACAAGCUAAAGGAAAAGAGAGGCAGUGGCUGAAAAACCAGGCAUACGGUGAUUUGGAUGAUGGUAAAUUAAUCGAGGGGCUUACAGGUGAAAAGUCUAUUUACAAAAGAAGGGGAGAGAAGGAACCCGAACUUGGAACGCCACAAGAAAAGCCUAAGCGUAUUCGAUUGGUUGUCGACGUUUCUGGAAGUAUGUAUAGAUUUAAUGGCUAUGACGGUCGUUUAGAGCGGGAAAUGGAGGCAACGCUUAUGAUGAUGGAAGCCUUUCAAAAUUAUGAAGAAAAAUUUAAAUACGAUAUAAUUGGGCAUUCUGGAGAAGAUCAUAAAUUGGAGAUUUGCAAGAUCGACAAAAUUCCUGCAAACAACAAAGAAAGACUAGUUAUUCUUAAAACAAUGCACGCACAUUCUCAAUUUUGUUUGAGCGGUGAUAAUACAUUGACGGCAACAAAACAUGCAAUAGACAGUCUUGCAGAAGAAGAAGCAGAUGAACAUUUUGUCAUUUUGUUAAGUGAUGCGAACUUUGACCGAUAUGGCAUUUCUCCUCGCCGAUUUGGGCAAAUAUUGCGUUCAAACGACAAGGUUAAUGCAUAUGCUAUUUUUAUCGGUUCUUUAGAGGACCAGGCUACUCAGUUGAUCAAGGAAUUACCGAUGGGGCAUGCUUUUGCUUGCAUGGACACAAAAAAUUUACCACAAAUUUUACAACAGAUUUUCACCUCAACCAUGUUAUCAUCAAGUUGACGAAUGCAGGGAAUAAUCUUAUUCUGUGAUAGUUUUCUUAAUCAGUGAAUUUUAUGCUGUUUUUUUAAAGAAUAUUUAUACAGUAAUGAUUAUUGAACAAUAUGAAUGAUCAUGAUCUUGAAAUUAUAAUAGAUAUUAUAAUUCAGAAAUGAAUUAAAUUUUGACGUGAUGUUUUACUGAGCACUUCUGUCCUGUCCAUUAUGUUAUUGUGUUGAAUACCUUUUUGUCGACCCUGCGACUUUUGUCGCAAAAGCGAGACAGAGCGAUCCUACAUUCCGUCGUCGGUUCGUCGUCGGCGGCGUCCACAAUUAUUCACUCUGUGGUUAAAGUUUUUGAAAUUUUAAUAACUUUCUUAAACUAUCCUGGAUUUCUACCAAACUUGGACAGAAGCUUGUUUAUGAUCAUAAAAUAGUAUCCAGAAGUAAAUUUUGUAAACAAAAAUCCUGUUUUUCCGUAUUUUACUUAUAAAUGGACUUAGUUUUUCUUCCAGUUAACAUUACAUUCACUCUGUGGUUAAAGUUUUUAGAAUUUUAAUAACUUUCUUAAACUAUCCUGGAUUUUUACCAAACUUGGACAGAAGCUUGUU